AGACGAGGCGACGCUGGAAGCAGAUAAAACAGUGAACUGAGACUCUACUUGCCUGCUUGGUUGAAUGUACAAAAUCCUAUGGCACUGUUUCAAAGAAGAUGUGUGGAGUUAUCACUAGUGUCCUGGCCAAUGUUUAUUUCUCAAACAACUUUAAACAGAUUAUGUGAAGUCUCAACUGUAAUUGAAAAGUGUAAGAUGGAGAAUUACGAAAAAGUCAUUACAAUAGGAAGGGGUGCAAGUGCAGAGGUUCUCUUAAUGAAUCAUUUAGAAACAAAAAAGUUGUAUGCUGUCAAGAGAAUAAAGAUUGAUCCUUCACUUAAGUCUAGAACAAAAGAAGCUGUAAUGCAAGAAGCAACUAUCUUGACCAGACUCAAGCACCCUCACAUUGUCACAUGUCAUGAAUACUUCAUUGACCAAGAAGAGUAUGUCUUCAUUGUGCAAGAUUACUGUGAUGGUGGCACUUUGGAUGACUUAAUCCAAUUUCAAAAAGAGAAGGAGUACUUUGCGGAGAAUGAUAUUAUGCGGUGGUUUGUUCAGUUAGUUAUGGCUAUUCAAUACAUUCACUCCCUGAAGAUUCUUCAUCGAGAUAUUAAAACAUCCAAUGUCUUCCUUACAAAGAAAGGGACAGUUAAACUCGGGGAUUUUGGGAUUUCAAAAGUCAUGACUCACACUUUGGAUAUGGCAAAUACCUGUGUUGGCACACCAUGCUAUUUGAGCCCUGAACUCUGCCAAGAUAUUCCCUAUAGCUCCAAGUCUGAUAUCUGGGCACUUGGUUGCCUUUUAUUUGAACUUUGUGCUUUGGAACCUGCCUUUCAUGCAAAGAACCUCUUAAGUUUGUUUUAUAAAAUUGUAAAGGGAGAAUAUGCGUGUGUACCAAAGAGCUACUCAGAAAACAUGCAUGUUUUGAUCAAAAGCAUUCUCAACAAGCAUCCUGAAGAAAGGCCUAGUACCAGCACUAUCCUCAAAGUACCAUAUGUCCAAGAACACCUCAAGUUCUUCAUUAGAGAUCAGGAAUUCCAGCUGACAAAAUAUCAUUCUGUGAAACAUUCACAUUUGACAAAGAAGGAGGGUGAUGAGAUCACUGAUGACCUCCAUGGAUCUCCGAAUCUUUCUGAAGAGGGCAUGUGUGCUCGGAACGGUAAAGCAGUCUCAAAUUCUCAUUGCCUUAGUGGUAAAAAAGUAGAAGAGGUGGACUUAGAGGCGUGUGAAAACGUGGGGCCCAGUGACGAAGAAGACAAAUGUAGUUACUCUGAUGAUUUUGAUCAGGAUAGUUUGUCCUCAACAGAAGAAAUAUCAGUACCACCUUCAAGUGUUGCAGCCUCUGAAGAAACUGAAGCCACUGAUGAAGUGGACUGCGUAGAAUACCCUGAUGAUUUUGAGGAGUGGGAGGAUGACGUUGCUGAGAUAGUAUGUAAUGCUCGCUCCGCCAUGGAUGUUGAAGCAAAUAAUGAAGCAUUUCGAGAAGAAAGAGACAGUCAAGAAGAAGGCGCUGUUAAUCUGUCCACUACCAUUAAGACUCUGCGAGAAAAGUGUUUAGAUGACAUUGGCCAGACCAUUUUCCAUGAAGUAGCUUCUCAAUUUCUUAAGGGUCUAACACCUGAAGAUCUCAAACCUCAGUUUGAACAUCGUUUGGGAUCAGAUCAUUUGGAGACUUGCUACAUUAUCUUCAACAUGGAUAAGGAAAGUGCUUGAAUCAGUGCAAAACAUGAACCAAAUCAUAAGUUUUCUUCUGAUUUCCAAAAAAAAUCACUGCUUGAAUUGUUUCUGCCAGUACAGAUGUUUGAUGCGCACAUCCCUGUACAUACUAUUGUUAAGUCUCUGGCUCCAUUCCACAGUCUUUAGUCCCUGUAUAGUACUAAGUAACAGGAACAAUAUAUUUCCCUGUCUUUGAGCAGUGAUGUUGUGGCUUGCCCAUCCUUUUGCAAUUAUGGCUAAUAUUUUGUAAAUAAUUUUGCAUAUUGCUAGUAUGUUGUAAAGGUUUUUCAUAAGUAAGAGACACGUUACAUCCUCAUUUUUUUGUUGUUCUUUUUUUGAUGGCUCCCAGUAUUUCUCUUGGAUUUUAUUUGGAAUUAUUUUCCUUUUCUUCUAUGUCCAUGUUGGUCCUAACAGUUGACAUCUAUCUUAUAAUGCUAAGAGACGGACAUGGUGGGAAGUCCAUAGAUGUUUCAACAGUUUAAUUUUUCCUUUGUUGUUUGAAAAAGCUACACACUGAUGGCUUGCUUUGCAAAUGGCACUGGACUUUUUUGAAAAGUAAAGUAUUGCAAUGAAAAGAAUUUCAUGUUCUCCAGGGGCACUUUAAAAUAGAAUGACAGCUUUCUUCCUUCUGAUGUGUUUUGUGAAGAUAAAUGUAGAUUUUUUUUAUCAUAUACUCCUAAUUUCAUAACAAAAUACACUUUUGCCUGAUAUUUCUAUAAUCUUGAUUAUGGGCAGAGAGACAUUGUGAUCCCUCUACUGCCCGCCUAUUUCCUAAGUUUUAAAAAUCUGAUGGCAGAUUUGGAUCCAGGUAAUCCUGUCAAAUGACAAUACAGACUGGGAAAUUUAGAUUCUCUGUGAUUUCCUACAACUGGGGAAAGGGCAAGAAUGCACUUUGGAGCGGCUUAUCGGCCCAUUUUAAAUUAGUACUACCAGGUUAGUGAUUUGGAACUGACAUUAUUUGUGCAGGCUUUUUUUAAAAAGUUGAACAACUGUGUAGCAAGAGUAUUUUAAAAAUCUUUCAGUACUUUAAAUAAAAAGGUAAAAUGCUUUGAACAGCAAGUACAUUCCCCCACUUAGCUUGCUUUUUAUUUUUCCUUUAUUGUAUAGUGAGUGUUGCAGUGCAUUAUCCUUGACCUCUGGAACCUGGAUGCAAACCUGCCACAGACCUUUGGAACUAUAGUCUUCUGACACCUAAUGUCUCCCACAAUAAAGUAGUUUGAGACAGCAAUAUUUUAGUAUUUCAGGAUAGAUUCCAUAAUGUGCCUUAACCCUUGUACAAGGAAUCAUAAUUAAAAAUGCUGUAGGCACCUGAAGAAAAGUCUCAGGAAAACAGAUGGCAAUAUCCUUUGAUUGUCAUUGUAGCUGUGGUUUAACAUUUGUUUUGAUAAUUUGUGUGGGUAAAGGUACAUUUGAAUUGAGAAUUAAGGAUACAUAGAACGUAGUCCUAUCCUGUACUGUUCUAUGCUGUAUGUUUUAAAACUACAUAGUUUCAUCUGUGUCCCAAGAUGUUCAAAGUUAGAAGCAUAUUAAAAAGAAGCGUUUAAAAAAGAAAAUAUAACAUUCCAAGAGAAUGACUUUAGAUUAGAAGAUUUAGUUUACUUAACUUUUUGCCUGACUGUUAGUGGAUAAUGAAGUAACCAUUUAAAAAAAAAUCUUUUGGGUGAUUAUCUCCAGUUGCAUUGUGUAGCUAUAUGUUAACAUAAUAGUAAAUGAUCUCUUUUUGUAAAUUAAAAAUGUCUUUUUGAACAUAUAGUUACACAUAGACCAGAAUUUGCUGGAAAUUGACAAUAAGCAUGUUGAAAGUUUUAAUUGUUAUUGGUGCAUAAAAGACAUUCAGAAAUUUAUGAUGUUGAAAAUAUACACUGUGAGUUGCCAUUCUGCGCAAUGCCUGGCAAGCCUACACACAACCUCAUCAUUUGUGUUGAGAAGUAACUGCUGUAUUUCCAAUGUAAAAUUAAUUAAGUUUGCCACCAACAUUAGGGGUACUAAUUAGCAGCAUUAGACCUUGUCUAUUUAUGUUUUCAAAAUAAUUUUCCAUUUUGAAACUAGUUAAAUAUUUUGCAAUAUCACAUAAAACAUAUAAUCAGGACAACAGAUCAACUGAUUUAAUCAAUUUAGCAAAUCACUUUAUUCAGAAUUCUGGCUGGGAGUAAUGAAGAUGCUAAAUUUAUUUCAGCUUACCAGGAUUUAGUGAUACCCAUCUGCUCUGCAAAAUAUGUGGGUCCGCCAAAUUGUAAACAACGGGCUAUCAUCAUUUCUGAUUCCAGGAAUAAUGUCAUGUUCUGAAUUGCUAUAAAAUACGUAUCUUGUACUUUUGCACAUAGGCAACAGCUAUGUUGAUGUUUCUGAAUUGGAUAAAUUAAAAUAGAAUAUUAAUCUGUA